ACGGCCCAUCGGAACAUCUCCAGCCUCCUUUAUAGAGUCUCAUUUCCCCACAUCCCCAUACAAUUCUACACUUUUUGUCCUAGCAAACACCAUGUUUUCCUCGCAAUGUGCCCACCUCUUCAUUCAAAUCUAAAGCCCGCCAUCUUUUUAUCCCUUUUCUUUCUAUUUCUAUUCCCCCCUUUCCCAUUUCAAAUUUCUCCAACUAGUCCUUUUCUUUCCCUUACUAUUCCUUUUAUGCUUGUACUAACAAGUUGGUUUCCAUAAACAAAAAACAAAAAAAACACAUCUUCUGCUUAACAUUUACUAUGAAAUUCUCGUAUAAUUCCUCCCCAUCUUCGGCCUCUUACACCACUACUAAUUACGACGAGAGUGGUUGUCAAUCCAAGCCCGCAACUGCUGGCUGCAUUCACGGCAUUAUACGACGGUUUUUAUGCUUUAAUACCAGCAUUCCCACUCACCCUUCUGAUCAUUUUAAUGCAGAGGCUGCUACUGCGUGUCGAUCCCUGGAUGAUGCAAGUUCUGGUAUUGGAGAGGCCUCGGCUGCUACCCCGGGACUUGUAGCGAGGCUAAUGGGAUUGGACUCAAUGCCGAUGAGUGAUCACAGGGAUUUUAAUUCGGUCAGGCGCACAAAAUCAAUGGAUUCUUUGAGGGAUGUUGAGUUGGUGCAGAGUAAGCAUAGGCAUGUGAAGAGUACAUUGUCAUUUCGCGAUGGCCCGAGUUUCCUUGAGCUAGAGGAUGAAGAGUUCUUCAUUCUUAGCUUCGAGAGUGGAGGUAAAAACAAGGAUUUGAGAUCAAAUUCUAGAAAAUCUGACUUGGGUUUUUCAGAAAUGAGGACUAAAAGAUCAGAGAUCAAGCAUGGAGACAAGAACAGGAGCAGACAAAGGGCUGAGAAUUGUGACAAAGAAAAUCAGGGGACCAAUCAGGUUUCAGAUAAAAAUUCUAGACAUCCAAGAUCAGUUCUUUGUGCAAUAAAGAAUUGUCAUGAAAAUUUAAGGUCCCCGGAGACUGUAAAGCAGCAGAUCAAGAAGGCGAUUAACAAUGAAGAACCCAAAGGCGGUAGAUUAAGAAAGAAAAAGAAAGAUCAGAAAUGUUCUCAAGUGAAGAAUGUGGAAACAGAAUGUGAUUCUGAAAAUUCAAGUCCAGUCUCAGUUCUUGAAUUUUCUGAGCUACCUAUUGAAUUCGGAGUCCCUUCAGCAGUACACAAAGCAAAGUUGACAAGUUCAAAUUCAAGAAGGAUAUUAUUCGAGGAGCUAAAAAAUUACAAGUCGAAUCCAUCAGUUAUCAUCGAUGACCAGGAAGCGAAGAAGCAAAGAGACACGUGUCCUGAGAUUUGGAAGAGGUUAAUCAAGCAUAGUCACAAUUAUGCCGAAAUUUGGGAAGAAGAACGCAAAUUUGCUGAAACAGAUAUGAAACAAAGCAAAUGGAUGUACAGAGGAGUACUGGACAAUGAAGAAUCUGAUGAGAUCACUGCAACUUUUGAGUUUGAAAUUCUUGAUCAAUUGCUACAAGAGCUGGUAGAUCAGGUCUUUUCCUUGUAAAUUAUCUAUAUAUGAUUAUAUUAUAUAAUAAUUUAUACUUUAUGUUGACUUAAAUACAUGUAUUUAUUUUGCUAAAUUGUUGAAGUAAAUUCAACACAGUUUUGCAGUAGUAUAUAACUAUUUAUAUGACUCCAGAGUCCAGAAUCCAGAUGAAGUUACAAUUGUGUGAAUAAGAGCUAAAAUUCAACUUGUUCCUGUUUAAAUGGCAAAAUGGUACAGCUGAUAAGUGCCUACUUUUUCUUCAGACCCACAUAAAUUUCAAACUCUAUUAAAAACCUGCAGCUCAAUUGUCAAAUCAACAAGACUUUUCUUCACAUUGUACACUGUUUUAUAGAUAAAUGCAAGUCCUCUUUCAAAAUCCCAGAAGUAACUUUUUCAUCAACUACUAGCACUGGGAUUCAUAGUUGAUGUCCUGGACCAAGAAAAAC